AUGUUCCUGCCGAUACUGAUCUUAUUAGUCUUACCUGUUGCUUCUAUCUCUAAAAUGCUUCAUCUGACUAUUCGUGAGAAUGUCACACAAACAUGUCCACAUAUGAAGAGUGAUGUUAUCGACCGAUCAUCCGUGAAAAUGUCCUUUGAGCUUAUUUCUGGAGAAGAUGAUGCGGAUCAGGCUACAAUCACUGAUGUCUAUGGAGAAAGCAAAACCAUUUCUUUCCCCGCUUGUUAUCGUGCUCGGCUCAGUUUCCGGAUGAAACGGAUCAUUAAAAACCCAUAUGUGGAAGCAUUCUUGCAGUUGGGCCAAAAUAUUCCUUGCCAGGCUUCUGGAGGCCGUAGACUAUCGGGAACAGAGACUAUUUGUGCUAACAUAACUCGCACUAAUUGGUGUCCAAAGAGUAAUAACCAACAACUGCGAUCUAUGCUAACUGAUAAGCAAACCUGCACGUUCUGUCAUAUGUGCGAGAGCAUUGACUGGGAGAGUAAAGAGGCUCAAACAGCUCGCAGGUAUUUCAUAAAUGAAGGAGAGCAAGAUAAAUGUGAUGUUGAACAAGAUGUCCAAACAUUAACUUUCAAGAUUUGUACUCCAUCAAGAGAUGAAUUGAAUGAGCGUGAUGACAAGGAAAGGGAAGAGAUGGAAAAAUACUGGCAUUAUCUGAAACAAGGUGUUCUAACUGCCGUGGUUCAUGUACUGGAUCGUGAGGAAGUAGAAGGAUCAAAAAGAUCUCAAUGUCAACAACUAUGUGAUACUUACGAAAAUAGGAAAGGAGUUAGCUUGAGUUAUAAGAAAAGUUUGUUGAAAUCAAUAGAAGGAAUGUGUGGACCUCAGGAUACUUAUGCCGCAUGUGUUUACCAUACAGUCAAAUUUGAUAUUAAUGAGAAUCUAUAA